GUUGAGUGCUGUCAGUGUCAUAUGGCAAGCCAGGGCAGACUCAACUGGCUCAGAGCAGAUUCAGUCACUGGAGUCAGCGGUGGGAACUGCCCAUGGGACGUGCUUAUCACCACAGACACACGCUUUGUCCCUAGAGGAAAACAGACUUACACUAAGAGCAGCCCUGUGAUUGGUUGGUGGUUGAUGGAGUUCUUGCAGGGGAGCGGAGACUACUGCCACGCCCAACAUCCCAGCGUCUGAGCCCCUGUGCCCAUGGGGAGGAUGCCUAGCAUCUCCCAUCCCUGAAUCCCCAAAGGACCCCCCACCCUGCAAUCAGGACUCCCCUGCACCUACACCCAGAACACCCCUUGCCACGAUUGUACCUGACUUCCAGACCAGCUCACCAGAUGGGGUAGCGAGUCAGGGGUCAAAGGGCAGAGUAAGCUACCGCCAGACCGACAAGUGUCUUCUAUUGCUCCCCUGCCCUGGAGGACCAGAACCAUAAAAUCCUACUGGACCCUACAGUGUCUCUGAGGGACCAGUGGGACACUAGGGGCCCUGACACUUGGCUAGCCCCUGCAGCUUUGAGCCGAGGCUAAGACUGGUCACAGCCCACUGGCUAACAGCUACCCAGACACUGAACUGGUGGACUGUGGCCUCUGCUGCCUUUGAGAGAAGGAGAACAAGGGGUUUUUCUGUCUUAGCAGCGGCCACUACAGUAUGGCUAACAUGAAUCGCCCAGCGCCAGUGGAACUCAGCCACAAGAACAUGCGCUUCCUCAUCACACACAACCCUACCAACUCCACCCUAGGCACCUUCAUCGAGGACCUAAAGAAGUAUGGUGCGACUACGGUCGUCAGAGUGUGUGAGGUCACUUACGACAAAACUCCCCUGGAGAAUGAUGGCAUCACAGUCAUGGACUGGCCCUUUGAUGAUGGUGCACCCCCCCCCACCAAGAUUGUGGAUGAUUGGUUGAGCCUACUGAAGAACAAGUUCUUUGAAGACCCAGGAUGCUGCGUGGCUGUCCACUGUGUGGCUGGACUGGGACGGGCUCCUGUACUUGUGGCACUGGCACUGAUUGAGAGUGGCAUGAAGUAUGAGGAUGCCAUUCAGUUCAUCAGACAGAAGCGCAGAGGAGCCAUCAACAGCAAGCAGCUGACCUACCUGGAGAAAUACCGACCCAAACAACGGUUACGCUUCAAAGAACCUCACAACCACAAGAACAAGUGCUGCACCAUGUGACUCACAAAACUGUGUCUGGGGAACCGUUUUGGACCGGACACAGUCCUCUCUCUCUUUCUUUUUAAGUCACCCCCCUGUUUCCUCCUACCACCUUCAUCCAGGAUUCUGUCAACCUCCUUUUUCAGUUGGAUCUCCUGUCCCUCCUCCCUUCUCUUACACACACACACACACACGUGCGCCUACAUUCACUCUCUCAGGGCUGCCAGAGACUCACUCAUCUACAGCCUGGCUAAUCUGGCUAAGAGGAAAAUCAUGACCUGGGACUGGGCACACACACAAACAGACACGCUCAGACGCACUACACCAAUUAUCUACCAGCAACAGAGUGAUCUGUGUGCCAGUCCAGCUCUUGUGCCUCUUUGUCGGGCAUCGCCCCCUACAGGACACUCAGGACACCACACCCCUGACAGCCACUAUUAUGAAUGAAAUCAUGAAACACACUUUGAUGUUGCUGUCAGUCUUUUUAUCCGUUUCUGAAAACAUGUACAGUUUGAUGUCUUUGUUAACUCGCCAUUACAGAGGAAAGCCACCUUGCUCUUUUUUAUGUGUUUUUGUAUGUUUCAUAAUGCAUUAUGUCAAAUCUGCCUCUCCUCCUUGUUUGGAGAUUGUAGAGGUUAAAUGUGGGGCAAGGUUUUGUGGUGGGUGAGUUGGCUUACUUUUUAUAGUAAUUAUUUUGUAUGAAAUACUCUGGGAUUAGAACUGCACCACUAGCUGCUUACUGUGUUUUGUUUCUUUGUGUGUGUGCGUGUCAGUCAGUGUGUGCGUCUUGAGUGUGUGCAUGUGUGUUUAGGUAACACUAUUUUUAGAAGACAAUAUGGCACAGAUUAGUUUGGUUGUGAGGUCGUUCAGAAGGAGGUCUGAGGUCUGGUUGCAGUUUGAAGGACUGCCAUACUUCUGAAUGGCUUCAGGUGAAACCUGGAACGGAGCAUGUCAUGGCAAUGCUGUUCCAUUCCUCUGCCUUGAAAGUACCCACUUCUGAUUGUUCACGGUGAAUGAAGUACAUGUAAUAAAGAGUAAGGAAUAUGUAUCA